AUGGACUCACCUGGGUCUCAGGGUGUCCCACAAUUCUCCAGCUUCCGACCCCCCCCUACUUCUCCUCCGGCUGCCUCUACCGGCUCGGAACGUGAACACCGCCGGCGUCGCCCGGGCCAUCGUGAGCGCGCAGACCGGACCGAGUCCCCACGCUCUCGUCACCAUGGAAGGCGCUCAGUUGGUGACCGUGAAAAGGUGACUAGCAAAGAAAUUAAGGAGCACCAGAGUGGGGAAGAGUUUGCCGAUGCAAAAGCUGCAAACGAUGAAUCAAACAAAGGAUUUAUCGUCGACAGCCGCGGUGAUCGCGACAACACACGUUACGGCGUGGAUCGUUAUGAGGUCCCUGCGUACCAUCGCAAUGGCAAUGGCUUUGUACUAGGGCUCCCCGGCCAGCGCAUCGAUUACCAAACGCGAUAUGAUCAAGGUCCCCUUCUGCUUCUUCGCCCCGACUCAGGCUCCUCCGCAACCUCUGCAGCCAAGCCUCUCUCCGCCGAAACCCUGUCCGCUUUGUCCAUGAAUCUUCCCAUUCGCGUCCGGUCUGAUCUUCAUGCCAAACUUGCUGCUGAGACCAAAGAUCCACAAAAUUUCAUCUCAACAACAGUCCCAUCUCAAUCUGGCGUUGCAGCAACUGCUAACUUAGAUGAUGAACCACUGUCUUAUCGCUCUCUCCAAGUCCCGACUAAGAUAGAAGAAAAAAUCACUGAGAAGUUUGAUGCGGACACCUUCACUCGACUUGCUCUCGAAGCUGAGAUCUUGAAUCGCAAUGCCAAGUUGAACAGCGCAGUGGUACAACAACCUGAUAAUAUCCAAGCAUGGAUCCGCCUUGCUGAGCACCAGGAACUUACUAUCACUGGCGCUAGAUCCGGCGAUCGGACCUCCUGUCAAGAUGAUAUUCAAGUUGUGGCAAGAGCCAAGCUGUAUGUGUAUGAAAGAGCGAUCAAGGCUAACGCACAAAAUCCUGAACGCGACCAACUUCUGCUGGGCCGCAUGGAAGAGGGUGCGAAAGUUUGGGAUUCCGCAAAACUUGCAUUGGAAUGGGACGGAGUCCUCCGCCGCCACCCUGAGUUCAUCACUUUAUGGAUCGAGUAUCUUGACUACUGCCAGACUGACAGUCAGGAUUUCCACUUUGACAACUGCUUUAAGACCUAUGCCUACUGUUUGAAGAUCCAUUCACGUGUUGGCUUUGGGCCGCAGAAAACUAAUAUCAGAUCAUAUUUGCUGCUCCGUUUGACCCUGUUCCUUCGAGAAUCGGGCCACGUAGAGCUAUCUGUCGGUCUUUGGCAAGCAGUGCUCGAAUUUACAUGCUUCCGGCCAGCCCAUCUAAUCGGAAAGAAAGAAGAGGCCCUGGUGGAAUUCAAAAGAUUCUGGGCACCUGGGCACACUCGGAUUGGAGAGCCCGGUUGGCAAUCCUGGAACAGUGGAAAAAAUCGCCGAGCUUCUUUCAACGAGCCUGUUUACAAUUCCGAGGCAGAUAUCCGAGACUUGUUCCCAACCUGGGCAUCUGCAGAAAGAGAGCGGAUGUUCAAAAAUCGCAUGCCGUCACAUGCCUUCGAAUCCAAAGAGAACGACGCUUUCCGAGUCGUUCUUCUUGAAGAUUGCACGCAAAUCCUGCCGUACUUCUGGGACUUGGAGCAAAGCCUUGGCUCCCUGGUUGAUGGCUUCAUGUAUUUCUGCCAUUUGCCUCACUUGACUUUGCCUGCGAAUAUGCACACUAGCCGACUGUGGACUGGUGAUAAAUUCCUGCGAAAUGAAUAUAUGGAUGAUCCUCGAAACACAAUCGCGGACUGGAUCACUUUUCAAAAAUAUGCCGCCACCACAACCCGUCAGCCCUUCGCAUUCCCUCACCAUACCUUCAUUCACACCACUGAUACUCUUUUCGCCGACCCAAAGAUGUGGUUCUCUGCUCUGACUAAGUGGGCUGCCACCACCUCCCACGCUUCUUGUGUCAUCGAUUCCGACUUUGUACUCUUGACUCUUCAAUCUCUUGCCGAUGUCUUCAGAGACAGCCAACUGGCUGAAUACGCCAUUGCAGUAACUUUCGCGUGCAACAACGCUCUUGGAAUGAAAUACGGUAAGCGACUCUUAAAAGAGCGAUCAUCAAAUUUAAGACUUUACAAUGCCGUUGCGCUCAUGUAUUGGCGGACUGGCGAUCUUGAUAUUGCUCACAAUGUGUGGUCCACUGCUUUGUCUAUGAGCCAGAAUUUCGGCGCUUCCGAGCUCACUGACUCUGCACUCCUGUGGAACUCGUGGAUCUGGGAAAUGCUUCAUGCUGGGCAAAAGAAUCGAGCAUCAUACCUGUUGCAGGCCAUGCCUUUCAAUCGAGUCCACUUGCUGUCAUACGACACAGCUGAGGGGAUUGAAAUCAACGAAACCACCUUUCUCAGGCUCAAGAAGGCAAGCUUUCAUCCGUUAAUCUCAGUGAGCGCGAUGCUAACCCAUUCACAGUGCUUGUUUGCCGCUCAGAAGAAUGCCUUGAAGUUCAAGAAAAUGCAAGCAUACGCAGCGUACGCCGACUGUUACGCUAUUGCCCUCUAUCUCAUGGGUGAGCAGCUUGAAGAAGUCUUUGAGGUCUACAAUGAUGCCGUCACUUCCCUACGAGUCCUGCCCAGGACCGAUGAUGAUUUCAGGGUGUUUGGAGGAGAGUUGCUACACCAAUCCCGAGCUCGGAUCCUGCACCAUUAUGUGGAGAAGCAAAGUGGCCAGUUCAGACCUGCCGAUGUUCGCGCGCUGCUACUGGACAGCCUAGAAUGGUGGCCUCACAACACCCUAUUCUUAUCGCUGUUCAAAUGGAACGAGGCUCGGAUGCACAUGAGCGAUCGAACCCGCGACAUCUUCGACGUCACCAUCGGGGCGAAGGCCAGGGCCGCGCGGGAUCUGCAAGGACCUGCCCCGAUCUACCGUGUGCCCGUCACAACUCACCUUUUCAGCAUCUACGCUGAGAUGGGCCGCCCUAUCAUGCUCGGCUCGACCCCGCACUCCAUUCGCGCGGCCUUUGAGCGAGCGAUCCGGGAUGAUGGCAUCGUUCCGAUCGGGCGGACCCCGAUCCGGAAGAGUCCCUUCGAGCUGGCAAGCUCGACCUCCGCGCAAAGCAGCCUCACUAUUUGGAGGCUGUACAUCCUCUACGAAUUGUACGCGGAGUACAACGUCGGCCGCGCCCGUGAGAUCUACUUCCGGGCCCUGCGCUCCUGUCCCUGGUCGAAGGAGCUGUACCUGCUCGCCUUCGAGCACCUGCGGGCGGAUCUGACCAACCGCCUGCCCCCCUGCCGCCCCAACCGGCAGGGGGGGGUCAACCCCUCGGGCUUCGACCCUGCAGAGCUUCAAGCUCUGUAUUCAGAGAUGCUGCGCCGUGGACUUCGGGUCCACUGUCAUGUGGAGAGCUCUUGGGUCGAGUAG